UACUGUGACCCUCCAUGUUCUUACAGCGCUGUCUGUCUCACUGCUGCUCAGGUCAUCAUGUGUUCAUUUAUCCUGAGAUGCAACAUGCCGUCUUUUCCAGCGUCGCUGUUGUUCCUGGCGUCAUCCUGCUGCUUCUUUUUAACUUCCAGCAGGCCGGCAGGUGUCCACUUGCGAAGCAUGGACAACUUCAUCCACGCGGUGCAACAGGUGGAAGAGUCCAACCCAGGUCUGUCCCCCCUGGCGCUAGUCAGAGCCCUGCGGAAGACUGCGGGCCAUGACGACGCCAUGACCAUCCACUUCUUGGGCGCUUCUAAUAACCUCAGUGAUGCUGCAGGGCUGGAGACCUCCAUCCUCAACGCCUCCUCCUUCAGCUUUUUUGACAAGGCCAUCCACCACAUUGUGACAAAUAAUGGCGAGGAGCGAGGGGUGGCUCUCGCUCCGGACGGCAGCACAGUCGCCCUGGCACCUUUACUGCUAGGAAUCGAAUCUGGACUCAAAGCGAAGAUGGAGGGGACAUCGGCCGUUGGGCUCUUCCCUCUCACCUUAGGAAGGACGCUUGGAUUAUCCUUCCUCAGCCUGCAGGACAUCCCGUUAUCCAAUCGGCUGGGGCCUGAUGGGUGCUGGGACAGCGUACAGCACCCCAAAGUAUUCAAACUGCAUUGGCCCGCCACUCUGGCCACUGAUGCUGUGAUAAACGGGGGUAUGGAUGGAGCAAUACUUGGCCUGGACAUCAGCAAGCUACCCAAAGCCCAAGACCCGCUUGAGCUUAGCGAGACCCUUAAAGGGUACUACAGUUUUACUCUGCAUGAGGGCAGGGGUCUUGAUAACAUCUCCAAACCUGUUAGUCCAAGGCGAAGGGAAAUCUCUCGAUCCAUUCUGGAACCCCUUGACCUUCAUAGUCAGGUGAUGGAGACACUUAAGUUGGUCUGGAGGUUGGAGAAGACAGAAUGGAUCUCUCUGGACACUGGAGUCAAGAAGGCAGUUAAGGAAGGAUUGGAAGCAUUUGUGCACAAGUACUGGGAUUGCCCUCAAAUCAUCUCUCGCUGCCAGUGGGGGGCAAAGGCCCACAAGGGUACACCCAUACGACUGUCUUUGCCCGUUCACUUUGUCUACGUUCACCACACCUAUGAACCUUCCCAGCCAUGUCUGUCCUUUCCAACAUGCGCCCGCGACAUGAGAGCCAUGCAGCGCUUCCACCAGGAGGUCCGCAAGUGGAGUGACAUCGGAUACAGCUUUGUAGUCGGGUCUGAUGGCUACGUCUAUGAAGGACGGGGUUGGAAUCUCCUUGGCACGCACACGAGAGGACACAACAGCCUUGGGUACGGCAUGUCAAUCAUUGGCAACUAUACCUCCACUUUGCCAUCGCGUCACGCUUUGGACCUUCUGCGCCAUCGCCUGAUGCGCUGCGCCGUCGACGGAGGAAGGCUGGUGGCCAACUACACCAUCCACGGCCACAGACAGAUGGUGAACUACACUUCCUGUCCAGGGGAAUCCUUGUUUUCAGAAAUAAGAAGCUGGGAACACUUCCGGGAGUGACAGGAGACUUGAUGUAUACUCUCAAUACACACCAGUGGCCACCAUCACCUUGUACAACACAAAGCUUAAGGCACAUUGAAGCCCUGAUUACCAUGAUCAGUAUGACUAGUUUAGAUUUUUACAGCAUUCCAAUAUAAUUUUACUGUCAUGUGUAAGUUUGAUUACUUAUUAUGUAGUUCAUAUACUGUAUGUAUUUAAGUUUAUACAAGUACUACGUAGAAACACAAUGUAACUUGUAAAGCUCGUAUUCUUCUAGUUGUAUGCUUUGGAUGAGGGGUGUCCAAAGUGUGGCCUGGGAGCCAUUUUCGGCAGACUGCCUGUUUUUUUAUUGGCACUUGGUAUAUUCUGAAAAUUAGAUCAACUCAGUAUUAAUAAGAUAUAUGGUUAGAUAUUACACCGAAAAAAAAGAGGGGACGUACUGGAAUUUGUGCAGCGAUUGUGUUGUUGACACGUACCUGCAUCUGGCGGACCAUGGUAUCACUGGUCCCAUUGUACCGUGGUUCUUAUGAAGUCCAGAGUGAUAACUCCAGCAGGAAUAGUGGGUAAUAUCCAGCAAUUCCCCAAGUGACCCGAUGUAAAACUUACGCAAUGUACGUAGCGCCACAGGCGUACGUACAUGUCAUAGCCGCUCACGUAUACUAUACAUCAAUAAACAGAAUUACAGGUACAAUAAACCAUAUAAAACAAAACAUAAAAAGGCUCCGUUGUUCUCUUGAAGAUAAAAAGAAUAAAGUUGCUAUCUAUCGAUGUAAUACUAACUUUUUGUUUAUGGCGGGUUGCAACCAACGUUUACGUCCAUCCUGCCACCUACUGUGCCGGAAUGUAAACAUGUUGUGCACGUACACAACCCAUCUUCCAUGACAGAAAACACCCAAAGAAAUGGAUAUGAUGUCGUUUUCAAGGUAAAGGCGAUGGAUUUGGCUGUCAUAGAAGGAACUGUGCAACUUUUGCACAAGUCUGUCGGUGGAUCCUUACAACGUGGAGCUUCAACAGGUUUCAGAAGGCUGGAGCUACUGCCAAGAGGACAUGUAGAGCACCCCGAAAGAGAGAGAGAGAGAGACAGACCAUGUGUGUGAUGAAGGAAUUAUGAUGCUGUUAAAUUCUGACACCGAAGAGGAAGACUUUCACGGUUUUAGUUCCCAAGAGGAUGGCAAUGAAUGACUUUUCUGGUGCUAAUGUAUGUUACAUGCACUGUUCGGCACUGUUUAACUAGCCGUGUACUGUUCUGCACUGUAUAAAUAGCCUUGUUGCACCACUAAUUGGCACGCAGUGUUUGGGGAAAAAAAAAGGGAACAUUUGGGAACACCUGCAGGCAUUAUUUGUGUUUAUUUGCUAUUUGGUGGGUGGCUUCGGAAUAUAACACCAGCUAAAUGAUUAGAUAAUACAGUAAUCCCUUGUUUAUCACAGUUAAUUGGUUCCACACCCGAUCGUGAUACGUGCAUUUUUGGCAAAGUAGGAUUCGGUAUUAGUAAAUGUAAUAUUUUUGUAGUUACAGCAUAAAUAUGAUUACAUACCAUUUUUACCAUUAUUAGAGCCCUCUAGACAUGAAAUAACACCCGUAUAGUCACCUUUACACUUGUAUUACCCCAAAUAACAGAUAUAAUCAGAUAAAAUAAUACAUUUAAGACAUAAAUAAGACUUGUUCUCGUGUGUGUUUCAAUAAAUGUCUUCCGGACGUGUGGACAGGAAGUGAUUCAGCAUUGAGAUUUAACUGAAAUACGGCCACAACAGUAGCCUCUGUUAUUAUUAUGAUGAUGAUGAUGAUGAUUAAGUUAUUAUUGUGCCUGUUGUGAGGUAAAUAAUUAUAAAAUAAUAAAAGCCUGUGG